UUAAUCGUAGCACUUAAUGGUUGUGUUCGUAGAAAGGAGUUCUAGAGAUGGUGAGAAGCAUUUGUUCUUUCUUCGGUAGAAAGAAGAAGAUGGCGGCGAGGAGCAUCUCUUACAUCACCUCAACUCAGCUCCUUCCUCUCCAUCGUCGUCCCAACAUCGCCAUCAUAGAUGUCAGGGAUGAAGAGAGGAACUAUGAUGGACAUAUAGCUGGUUCUCUACACUAUGCGAGUGGCUCUUUUGAUGAUAGGAUCUCUCAUCUUGUUCAACAUGUCAAGGAUAAAGACACACUUGUCUUCCAUUGUGCUCUGAGCCAGGUUCGUGGCCCAACAUGUGCAAGAAGACUCGUUAAUUAUCUUGACGAGAAGAAACAAGAAACUGGAAUAAAAAACAUAAUGAUCUUGGAACGUGGCUUCAAUGGCUGGGAAGCUGCUGGAAAACCGGUUUGCCGCUGCGCAGACGUCCCUUGCAAAGGCGACUGCACCUAAGAAGCCCUACCGAAGUAAUCGAAACCUAAAUUGAUCUCCACAUUAAUGUCAUGUGUAUCAAGAGAUAUGAUGAUUACAUACUAUUCAUAAAUAAUCUCUUAGGCCAUUAUGCCUGGUUACCUCUUUCUA